UGGUUAAAUAGAACACCGAUUCGGUCCUGUCUCCAUUCAACGGACUUCUUUCUUCAAGUUGUUCAUCGGGCAUCAACUCGUCAUCAUGCUGAGGUUCUUCGUACUCGCCUGCGCUUUGGGCGCCAUCCAGGCUAUGAUCCAAAUCGGAGAUCAGUUUUGCACGAAUUGUGGAGAUCCGGCAAUCGAUCCAGAUGAGACGGCAGCGCUUAUAGUAGGGGGCAAAGAAGCCAAACGUAACAGCUGGCCUUGGCAGACACUGGUUCUCAGUAACGGAAGACAUAUUUGUGGCGCCACCCUUAUAGAUAGAGAUUGGAUCGUCUGCGCGGCACAUUGUUUUGGAUCUGGGUUCAAUAUUAACGAUUACACAUUUGCAUUAGGAGUACACGACAAAUCAAGCGGAAGCGAAGCAAGUCGCCAAGACUAUACUGCAGCCGAGAUCAUCGUUCAUGAAAACUAUCAACCAUCAACGACUGACAACGACAUAGCACUCAUCAAGCUCAGCCAAAGCGUCACGUGCACUGAUGAAAUCAGCACAGCUUGCCUUGUGAGCGCGAGACCUAAUGAUGGCGACAUGGCCUUUGUCACAGGAUGGGGAACUCUCUCCUCAGGCGGAUUUACUCCCAGAAGGCUUAACCAAGUCCAAGUCCCAGUCGUCUCUGAUGAUACCUGUGGAAAGGCUUACAGACUUUCUUUCAACCCCGAUACAAUGGUGUGUGCUGGAUACCCAGAAGGAGGAAAGGAUUCGUGCCAGGGUGAUAGCGGCGGUCCAAUGGUGGUGAAAAAUCAACAAACUGGUUUAUGGGAACUGGCUGGAAUCGUGAGCUGGGGACACGGAUGUGCCGACGCGGGUAAAUACGGAGUGUAUACCAACGUCGCCAACUAUUUGGGUUGGAUUUCCAACAAGAUGGCGAAUAAUUAAGGCGCUAUAAUAACUACAGUCCCUCCGGGUGAAUCGAGACUGAUUCAAGUGUACAGAAAAAAAAAAUCUUGGUAGACCUUACAUGAUUAUGUAACCCUAAAGAAAAUAUCCUAUAACACCUACGCGUAUGUACGGUGUGAAGAACACCACCAAUUGGUGUUCUGCAAGAAUCACAUCCUAAGGUGUUAACACUACCCCAGAAAAGUGCUAAAUUAACCAAAGAAUAUAUUAUAAUAGCUCCAGACAACGGGUGCAACUCGGUGUGGUCCACUAAAAGCACCGAUGAUGCGGUACUUAUUUUUAAUCUAUGAAUAUACUGAUGAAUUAUGACGAAUAAUAAAUGGAAAUGGAGGACAUUGCA